AAGAGGCUCAAGGCCAGCAUCUGCAGGUGCUUCAAUGGAAGUCAGAGGGGUCUCCAUGUCUAAAAGGCGAGUUACAUUAUGCUGUUUCGUCCGUGGCAAACUUUUGGGGUGAGAUACAAUGUACCGGUAUGUUUGCAUGGCGAACAUCGAUAGAAGGCGACAUGAGAAGCGGACGGAAAUGCGAAGACUCGGUCCCCAGAAUGAAAUCCGCCCCCUCCACACCACCCAGACCCCGUCCACACCCGUCCAGAGGAAGGCCAAGCCAGAACGAGUCGAAGACGGAAGGUGACAUCACGAAAAUGAAGUCAAGGUCACUCCCGGGAACACCCAAGAAGAAACCCCCUCACAGACGCGGGGCAAAUCUCGUCGGGGACGACGACCCCGAACCACCUCACCGUUCGGCGUCUCCCCAACUCCCUCGUCCUUCCGUGUUCCCCCUCGAUCUCGCAGAAGUGCAUCCUGCGACUGAGGUGCCCUUGAAUGAAGGGGAAGGGGGUGGGGGGAGUCCUCCCUUCCCGUAUGGGGGUUUGGCGGGCGCGGGAGAAAGUUCGGAACUGAAGGAUUUCGUCGCGUUGGCUAACUGGGCUAAACGGAAGAUGGUGGAACUUGGUAGGAAACCUGCUCCGUCCUCCGGACAGACCAGCACUAGGAUCGCUGCUCUUCUGAAGGAUCUGACCACUGAUACAUUCGACGAAGAAAAGUACAAACUGACGAGAAGGAUAGAGUCCCAUUUCAACCGAGCCUACCACAGUGCCUUGGCCGAUUUCAGCAAAACUGAUGUACCUGCUUCCUCAGUGGACUCCAUCGACGAUAGGUCCACUGUGCAGUUAACAAAUUGCAUCUUGCCUCCCGAAGACCUGAGAAUGCCCACAACCGCCAUUUUGACGAGUACAACCACAACCAUAGCCGGUGUUAAUUUGGAGGACGACGUUCACUUCAGAAACAUCUACUCACGCCCUCCGCCUCUCUUCUCCCACCGGUGGUUGGCGCAGACGAAGACUACAGCCACGAGCAUCCCUACAACAGAAAGCGCCCCUGAGCAGGCGAAGCCUGGCCAUCAACGCAGGGGGCGCUGCUAUACAAAGACCAGACUCAGGGGCCGGAAGGUGAAAGGGGAAUACUUCCUGUCUCCCGACGGCCGUGGUCCAGAGGCCAGCAGGAGGAGGAGGAUGUCCCCGGAAUUGCUGAGGGCCUCCCAGAAGGAACCCAAAAAGAUGAAGGGCAAAAAGCCGCCACAACUAGAGGUGAUUCGCCAAAGAGGCGUGAGUAUUCCGGCAGGGAAUGUUGCUGAAAGGACCGCUGUCAUUUCUAUCUCGCCGGGAACUCAACCUCCCGUCGCCAAGCAGAAGAAGUACUCUGUUGUAGAGGUCAUCCACCAGAGUGUAAAUCACGAUAUGUCAGAUGGUGACGAGGAUUCUGACGUCGAUGACAGCGGUGAGGCAGGACGUCUGAGCGACCAGCGUCGUGGAGAACCGGAAGUCGAACACAGCGGUGAGGCAGGACGUCUGAGCGACCAGCGUCGUGGAGAAUCGGAAGUCGAACUUAGCCCCGUCUCGGACGAAAAUGGCCCUGCUCUAACCCCUCUGGGCGUUGCUCAAACUGUUAGUAGGGGUUCUCACACAACGGAUGAAGAUGUUCAGGAACCACAGAGAGAUGCUAUUCAGGCCCAUCAUGGCGACACGAGCCCACAUUCCCGAAGCGAAAACGAGAAACAAGACUCGUAUUCGGAGCUUGGUAACGAAGGUGAGACUCCCAUUUCUGAAGAGCAGGACUUGCCCGGUUAUAUGCCGGAGGUGAAGUGGGAGGAGGUGACGGUGGAUAAUCGCAGAGAAGAAGAAGAAAGAGAAGCAGGUGAUAAAGAGAAGACGACGAGAAACAUUCGUGAGGCCGAAGACCGUCUCUACCAGUACGAACUGAGGGAACGAAUUCUGACUGGGUUAGAAAACUGGCUGGAGCAGUUGGUUCUCACAGGGCAGGAACAGAUCGUAGGAGUGCCCCCUGUGACGUCUGAAGAGGAGGAGGGGGAGGGGGAGGAGGAGGACCACCAAUCUGGGUCCCUCCAGGAUUCUGAGGACUUGAACAGACAGCAAACGAACGUGGCGUCAGAAGCUGUCAGGACUGUGCUGUACGAUUUGGUUCGAGACAGGCUUCUGGGUAUUCUUCCUCGACAGGCAAGUAGUGAAUCGGAAGCGCCUGAGUCUGGCACGAAGAGGCCACGAGAGGUUCCCUCCCCUGUGUCGUACACCAGCAGUUACGAGAAUGAAGUUGGGACGUCGGCACCGGUGACCACUCCUACGAGUUCACCAAGAACAGAGGACGGAAGGGUUGCGAAGGUUACGACACCCUCUUCCUCGCCAACACCACUUGUGCCGCCCGAUGAUGCCAUCAGCCGAAACCAGAGGGUACUGACUCCCCAAAUGUCAACGGAAGGGAUCGAGGGGACCCACAGUGAAGAAGCCGUAGCAACCCCAUCGUUAUCACCACCUUCAGGUCGGUCUGUGAUAGAAGUCGGUCCUUCUGUGACGCCAGCUGUUACCCCCACGAGCUCCCCAGUCAGAGGAAAGCGGGUGAUUACGCAAAUAAUUACCAGUGUGACACCAUCACACACCCCAGCGAGUUCCCCAGAGAAACUGAAGCCUAGAUAUCCUACCGGAACCCCAGCUCUCUCCCCAGCGGGUUCCCCACGUAGAUCGGACCUUAAGUAUCCGGAUGCGUGCACCCCCGGACAGAGCCCUCUUCCUUCAGAGAGAGAAAUGGGGGUCGUGGCCACCCCUCCCAGAAGCAGCCCCCCCUCGCCCAGUAGGACUUACGACGUGGUGUUGUCAGUCCCACAGAGUCCUUCCUCCCCGUUGUCUCCUGCGCGUGCGCUCCAUGAGGCCUUCCCCAGCAGACCGGGACCUGAAGAGGCCCCUGCUGGACCUCACCGAAUGCAGAAGCCGCCACAGGUACCAUUCCCUCCGAAUGACGAUCGAGGAAUCCAAGUGGAAUCCUACAGAGGGAUUCGGGAGCGGAAAGUCGACCUGGACGACAGCCAAGAUCUUGCUGUGGAUGACACGCCCUCCGUCGUUUGCAAUUCGUCCGCUGAACCUACGGUUUAUUCGCCUGUUGAGGGAUCGGAGACGACCUUCUUCACGAUAUCCGAAGGCGAAGUCGUGGGUGGCCAGAGCUCCGUGAAUGCGUCGGUAGAAGAAGGCGAAAUAGCCCGGGCCUGCUACCUAGAGACUCCUGAGGGCGGCUUGCACGUCGCUUGUUCGUCCCAUAAGGGUCGCCUGCGUCCCUCUGUAGAUGACGGUGAACUGUUGCAAUCUGAGAGUGAAAUACAAAUUGCUGAGAAUAGUGACGAGUCAUCAAGCUCCUCCGAAAAACAGGACGCUAGCGAGCCUUUAGUGUCCUCCUACUCGGCAGAAGACUACACAAUAAGUACUACAAAAGCCACAGGUUCAGAAUUAUCGUUGGUGCAAGACGAAACCUACUCGGGCGGUGACGUCACGGCCGCGUCCGCCGAAAGCAUGGACGCCCUUCGACAGGAGAACGCGAUCCUCCUCCGCCGUCUGCGCCACUUGGGGUCCUUCGGCCUACUCGGCAACCAGGGUUCUCUGUCGUCGAGUUCUGGAAGCACAAACCAACAUAACUAAUUUGAUGGGUCAUACGAGAAAAAAUAAAAGAAACUAAGAUUUUUUUUAACUUAUUUUUAUAUCGUAAUAUCACUAACGCCUUUGUAGUAAGCAUUUUAUUGUUGUUUCUUCUUCUUCUUCUUCUUCUUCUUCAAUUUAGUUGGGCUAAGAACGGAUGGCGCAUGUUCGUUUCGGUGAGUAAAUCGUGCAGCCUUUCCCAAACUUUGAAAAAAAUAUUCAGACACUGUAUUUUAUUAUUUUAUUGUAUUAUUUAUAAUACUAAUUCCUCUCAAGAGUAAGAAUAUACCAUGUUUUAUGCUGUUUUAUUAUAUUCAUGAUAAUUUAAUCUCAGGAGUAAGGAUAUACCAUGUAUUAUACUGUUUUAUUAUAUUAAUGAUAAUAAUUUAAUCUCAAGAGUAAGAAUAUGCCAUUAUUAUACUGUUUUAUCAUAUUUUAUUAUACUAAUGAUAAUUUAAGAGUAAGUAUACGCCAAACCGAGUUACUGACUGAACUGAAGAUUCGGCCUAAAUAUGCAGAACUUACACACAGACCACGUAGGAAAAGUGUCAAUGGGAAAUGGCACUUUUAAUUGUCAGCCUGAGAUUUUGCUGAGAAAUUAUUUUUUACCUUACAAUUUUUAUAGAACAGUUUUAUGAAGGACUUUGUUAUUGUUUUUGUAUUUUGGAAAGUGUAUUCGACGUCAUAUUAGCCUGUAAAGUGUGUGGUAUUUAAAACCAACCACACAUCAACAGUACUACACAUAUUUCUAUGAUGGAAGGAGCGUAUUUUUACAGUUUGAAAACAAAUAAUUUUAAUCCUCGUUGGAAGUCAGUAAUUUUAAGAAAUCGAUGUAUUUUGAUAAUUGUUGAUCAUUUUGACACAAUUUAGGUUUAAGAAGAAAGUAUUUUGACAGUUGUUUAUAUUUUAAAAGUUGUCUUAUUAAAAAAAUACAAAAUGUGUGUGACUAUAGGUAUUUUUAACCCUGUGUACUCUAUCUUUACAUUGUGUACUGCACUAUGGUGGCUGUUAGACUACAAAUA